UCCUUCCUUAUUCCGCCAUUACCAAACCCCAACGACUAAGCAAAGGAGAGAAAAUUAAAAUAAAACAAAUUCACGCACUAAAAAAAUCUUCAAACAGAAUCAGCCAACAGAAGAAACAGACAAAGAAUGAAUAGUGUCUUCUCAGUGGACGAUUUCUCCGACCCGUUCUGGCUGUCUCCUCCUCCUCCGCCAUCAUCAACGGAUCCGAAGAUGAAUAGAAGCGAAUCGGAAUGGGCCUUUGAGAAUUUUCUACAAGAAAUGGCUUCCGUACCUUCCUCCGCCAGCGAAACCCACACCGCCGCUCCUUCGGUGCUUUCUCAAUCGUCCACGUCAUCGAUACCUCCUGACAAUGGCGAGGAUGAAGUUGUGGAGAUCACAAAACAUCCAAUUCACCACCACCACCAACAUCCAAUUCCUAACCCACAUCCAAUUCCUAACCCACAUCCGCAACCGCUGGAUCGCAAUCUAACGGCACCGAUUGAUUCCGAGGAGUACCGUGCUCUUCUCAAGUCGAAGCUCGAUCUCGCUUGUGCUGCCGUGGCCAUGUCUAUGGAAACCAAUGCUGUAAAGCCGGAAGUUUUUUCUUCGUUACCUGAAGAUCAAAGGCUAGCUGCAAGAAAUAUGUCGUUGGGAACACAAUCUUUUCAUAAUGGUACUGAUCAAGGCAUUUCAAUGGCACAAAGCGGGGCAGAUGGUGUAUCACUCGGCAUUCCACCUUUACUUACUACACAGAGAAAAUCAGAUGAUGAAUCACUUGGCAUUCCAGCUUUACCUACUACACAGAGAAAAUCAGAUGAUGAAUCACUCGGCAUUCCAGCUUUACCUACUACACAGAGAAAAUCAGAUGGUGGAUCACUUGGCAUUCCAGCUUUACCUAUUACACAGAGAAAACAAGAGGUUCAAGCCAGGCAAACAACCAGUGGAUCAUCAAGCUCGGAUGAUGAUGACCUUGAAGGAGACACAGGAACCAAUGAAAAUAUGGAUCCUGCUGUUGUGAAACGUGCGAGGAGGAUGCAGUCGAAUCGAGAGUCAGCUAGACGCUCUAGAAGAAGAAAACAAGCACAGCUGAAUGAACUUGAAACUCAGGUUGGUCAACUAAGGGAUGAACGCACUUCACUGCUAUCACGCUUCACUGAUGUAAAUCAAAAAUGUGAUGAUGCUGCUGUUGACAAUAGAAUUUUGAAGGCUGAUAUUGAAACAUUAAGGGCAAAGGUCAAGAUGGCCGAAGAACAAGUGAAACGAGUGACAGGUUUGAACCCAGUGCUUCUAGCAAGGUCUAGCAUGCCGAGCCCUGGAAUGCCAUUUGUUGGUGGCCAGGUGGAUGCAUCUACCAAUGUUGCUAUCCCAAUGCAAACAAACCCCCACCAAUUCUUUCACCAGCCAGUUCAAGGUAUUACCCCUGCUCCUCCACAUCUCCAAAGACUAAACAACAGCUUCCCUAAAAGAACCUUAGUUCCGCUUGCCACAAAUCCACAAACUGACAAUGGAAACAGUAAUGAUGGUGGAAUGGCUGUCAUGCCUUCCAUGCAACUCACUGCUGAUGGGCAAAGUUUGCCUGCCAUGCCUUCCAUGCAACAGGUGCAAAAGCAGAUUGGUCCAACUGUUGGUCCUGCUGGGACCUUGCCUGCAUGUGACUCAGGACUUCCUCACGUGGUUGCGAAGGAUUACAAAAAGAAAUGAAUCAGAUGCUUCUUCCAUUCUGGUUUUUGGAACUGGGGAUUGUAAAGGUCGUCACUGAGUACAACUGUCGGUUCAUAUAAUUCUAUGACUUUCAACACAUACUGGGUCCUUUUGUUUAUGGUUUAUAAAUAAGCCUUUUUAGCUGGUAGAUCAUCUUGACUUAUUUUUUUCAUGUAGACGUGGGUCGUGUUAAUGCAACUCAAGUUGUCAAUGGAAGCUUGUGAUUAUCCCCA